AUGAUUGUGGAGGUUAAGAAAUCGCUGGAAUAUAUUAAACAAAAGGCAGAUCAGGGAAUAGAUCCCAAAACAAUUCAGAACAUAAAACCUGAUACAGUCCAGAUACAACAGCCUGAAACAGUUCAGAACAAACUACCUGAAGCAGUUCAGAACAAACUAUCGGUCGAAACUCCCCAGGGAUGCACGCUCAAUGUAGAGGACCUCAAGAUAAGCGGUUCGCAUAGUGGUAGAUACUGGACCUUUGUGUCUAUAUCCGAGUCACCCAGUGAGGAAGCCAUUAAAGUUGCAAAGAUGAGAGAGUGUUAUUAUCUAGAGGUGAAAGGAACGUUCGACACCAAAAAUUUGACAUCCGGGACAAGGUACGAGGUUGUGUUUGUGGUGAAAAUAGAGGAUACAAUGUCCAUAUGGGAUGAUCCGGCAAAGGUGCAACUAAUGGUACCCGAAAAAGAAUUGCAAGAGCGGGAAUUGCAAUUUGUUGAUCUCACAAAAAACGAGUGGGUUGAGAUUCAGGCUGGAGUUUUCGAUGCACAGCCGCAUAAAGCUCAGAUGGAAUUCUAUUUGUAUCAGCAUGAUUCUAAGAAGAAGAAGACGGGGCUUGUGGUUAAAGGUGCAAUAAUUCGUCCCUUGGGGCAAGUUAAAUGA